UUUGUAUCUGAAUUGCGCAUUAUUAGCAGAAACCACAGUGAUAUUGGGAACUAAACUCCAUAUUGGUGGAGCCCGGAAGUAAACUUUUGGCAGCAGCUUCUGUCAGGUAGAACGUGCAGCUGCAGAGGAUCGUCAGCGUCAGGAAGAGGUGCGCGAGGUGAGAGCAAGCUGGGACUGGCUGAAGGGACCGUUCAGCUAGCAGCAGAAUCAGCAACCCUGGGCACUCCUUUACAGCAGCCUCCAAACUUUGUUGCGAGACAACUUUCCCCUGUAGAUGUCGGGAGGCGGGGGGUCUGCUGACAUCAACGGUGUAAUAGAAUGGAAGAGAUACAUGGAGGGAGUGAAGGCAGAACUUUUGGAGGACAUGAGCUCCCACCUGAACAUUCUCCUGGAUAAAGCUGCGUCAGAAGCCGUGGAGUCCUACAAAAGAGGGAAUAAGACUGUAACAUCUGAUAUAAAUAAGAAACCCCAUGGGCCAGUCACAGAAAGAAAGAAGGUUUUUGUGCAUCGGGCAUCACUGCUGGAUGAUUUAAUGGAGGUUGAUCACUUCCGAACCAUCUACCACAUGUUUGUAGCUGUCCUCUGUGUAUUUGUGAUCAGCACAGUUGCUGUGGAUAGUAUUGACCAGGGGAGGUUAGUUCUGGAGUUUGAGGUUCUGUUUUAUACAUUUGGGCAGUUUGGGACUGUAGUUUGGUCAUGGAUUUGCAUGUUCUUAAUCACCCUCUUGGUGCCAUACAAAGUGUUGUCUUUCUGGGGCUCCUUGUAUCCAAAGUCAAAGCACAAGCUUCUGCUAUCUAUCUGUGUGGGGACAUUCCUGCUUGUGAGCCAUACAUGUGUUCUGUGUGUUUUUCCCGUCUACGUGGUCAUACAUUACCGUCUACCUCCAGCAUCGAGCUUCAUUGUCCUCCUGGAACAGGUUCGAUUCUUGAUGAAAAGUUAUUCUUUUCUUAGAGAGACAGUCCCAAUAGUGCUACAGGAUGAAAGUAAAGAGAAAUAUGCCAAGAUACCUGCGCUUUCCAGUUAUCUUUACUUUCUCUUCUGUCCAACACUGGUUUACAGAGAGAGUUAUCCCAGAACACCAUACAUCAGGUGGAAUUAUGUGGUGAAGUACUUUGCCCAGUUCCUGGGCUGUGUGUUUUUUCUGUACUUUAUCAUGAAUACCCUGUGCUUCCCAGUAUUUAAAAACAUGAACAAGCAGCCACUCAGUAUAAAGACCUUGAUUCUUUUCAUCUUCCAUGCUACUCUGCCCGGCACCUUUGUGCUGCUAAUCUCAUUCUUUGCACUUCUGCACUGUUGGCUGAACGCCUUUGCUGAGAUGCUUCGCUUUGGAGAUCGCAUGUUUUAUAAGGACUGGUGGAAUUCCACAUCCUUCUCUAACUACUACCGCACAUGGAAUGUGGUCAUACAUGACUGGUUGUAUUAUUAUAUGUACCAGGAUCUGCUAUGGCUGUUCCGGAAGCGUUAUCGCACAGGAGUGAUGAUGGUCGUAUUCCUCCUUUCUGCGUCUGUACAUGAAUAUGCUUUAACAUUGUCUCUUGGAUACUUUUACCCAGCCAUGUUCUGCCUUUUUUCUAUUUUUGGAGUAUUAUUUAAUUUUUUGAUUAAUGAUAAAUGGACCAAUCCAGUUUGGAAUGUGAUGCUUUGGACCUUCCUCUUCAUUGGUCAGGGAAUCCAGCUAUGCUUAUACUGUCAGGAGUGGUAUGCUCAGAUCCACUGCCCCCUCACAGAGAAAACAUUCUGGGGUUUGGUCACCCCUCGAUCAUGGUCAUGUCAAUUGUGAUUGGAAGAAUUGAAGAUGCUGCUCAGAAUGAUCUUACAUGCACUAUUGGGGGGAAUUAUCAAAACCUAUGCAGAGGAAAAGAUGUACAGUUGCCUAUAGCGACCAGAUUGCUUCUUUUAUGUUUCAGAGGCCUUUGUAAAAAUGAACCCCUUAAAGCGCAACUGUCACAAAUGUGUAUCUCUAUACUCUAAUCCCAGGGUGACAACGUUGUUAAUUACAAUUCAGGCAUAUCUUUUGCUGCUUUUAAAAGCUUUUAUCAGGCUAUAAAAUGCUUUAUAUUACGGUCAGCAACAUUCUUUAGGUGUGGCUUUGUCCCUCGGCCGCCACGCCUAUCCCCUGUAUGUCAGUACUGGGACCGUUCUGUGAUUGACACACAUGUCCCAGCCCACUCACUCUCUGCCUCUAGCAUUACGCCGCACACUGGGGCCAUCUGGAGCAAAUGCUUGCUCUGAAAACUUGUAAAUUAUGGACUUUAGUAGUUUUUUACGUGUACGCCAUUGACCAAGCAGUUUAAUUAACAUUAUAUUUUUAUAGUUCAGACAUUUAAGCAUGCAGCAACACCAAAUAUGUUUAUUUUUGUUUACAAUAUUUGAUUUCAAAAAUAGGAAAACUUUUUUUUAACCUUCUUUUUACUUUUUUUCCCCCCAUAGGGAACUAUUACAUGCAAUCUUCAGAUUGCAUACACUGUUGAAUGCUAUGCCAUUGCACAGCAUUGAUCAGUGUUAUCUGCGCUCCAUUGCACUAGCCUGCCAUUGCUGGCUUCCUGGAGCAUUGGAGCACGGAUCGGACACUGAGUAGCCAAGGACCCCCCCCCCACGUACCGUCCUUUAAGCUGAUCGGGCCGGGAAUUCAUCACUGUGGUCCCGAUCAGCCCACUGAUCUAGCCAGGAUGAGGUUCUCCGGUUUUAUACGCUGCAUUCAACUUUGAUUGCGUAAUUUAAAGGGUUAAUGCUGGGCAUCAGCCCGAUCCGUGAUGUUCAGCAUUAGCCGCAGGUCUUGGUUGCUGACAGCAACCUGACCCACCGGGUAUGAAGCGCGCUCAGCUCCUGAGCACACUUCAUACAGCGUGAACCGACACUGAGCGUAAAUUUACUUCCAUUGUUGUUUAGAGGUUAAAUAAAUAAUCUCAUUGGUUGCUAUGGCUAACUGGUCAACUUUUCCUCUACACAGGUUUGAUAAAUCUUUCCCUAUACCUCUAUCUUAAGAUAUAUGUGGAUUGUGAAAGUCAAUGUGGAAACUUGUACUGUGUGUAAUUUUAGAGGCAAAAAAAUUUACAUUGAUUAUUGCUUUCCAUGAAGUGUAUUAUGCAAAUAAAAUAUCUA